UCUUCUGUUUACUAGUAUCAUUCUUCUCUCUCCCCCCUUCGCCUGCUCCGCCUCCGCUGGGGAGGAGGAAUCCGCGCCGGCGUGAAUGCUAUGGCCGGAGCUUCGUCCGACGGGGCGGACGGCGCCGGAGAUGACGCCGAGCUUCGCAGGGCCACGGACGAGGCGCUGCUGGAGAAGGCGCGGCGCAUGCAGAGGGCGCUCGAUGGGGGCAUCGCCCGCAGCCUCCCCGACAACGGAGCGAAGUACCGCCGCUUGAUUGCCGCCAUACUCAGCGAGAUUGAUCGCCGCUCCGCGGCACGAGCAACUGAUGAUGGCAAACAAAAUAGGAUAGUUCAAUCAAGAUGUGCAGAAUCAUCAGUCAAACCACAAGCAGUAAACAUAUCAGAUUUCCGGUCCUCAUUUGGGAUGGAUGAAGAGGCAGGCAUUGACGCAUCCCAUUUGGAUACAAGUACAAACAUUGGUGACCCAAAAACUUCAAUAGAUAAUGAGGGUGUCUCGUGUGAAGAGGAACACUCCUGUAAACCCUCUACGUCUCAAAAGGUGUCAUAUGUUGACAGCUCAACUGAGAUGAAGAUUAUAGAUGAUGAUGAUGAUGAUGACAAGGAUAAUAAUGGCUACAGUAUGAUACACAAAGAUGUCCACACUUCUCAGAAAAGGAAAGGAGAAUUUUCACCUGCAUUUUCAAUGCGAUUGCGAUCAAGAAAGGUGGUUGAAGAGGUGGUUCUACUCGAUGGAGAUACUUGCAUGUCAGAUUCUGCAGAAAAAACAUCCUCUGCAUGGGAUGCAAUGAAGAUACGCUAUCCUUCAUGGGACAACCCUAAUUCUAUUGAGCUUUCUCGUGCUGACAUAAAAUGUCUUGAGCCUGAAUCAUUGUUGUCAUCACCUAUACUGAACUUCUACAUUAUGUACCUAUUGGGACAAAUGCCAUCGACAAGUAGGCACGGAGGCAAGUAUCACAUUUUCAACACAUACUUCUUCAGCAAACUAGAAGCCCUGGCAUCAAAGGUGGACAAGGAUGCUUAUUUCUUGAAUCUGAGAAGGUGGUGGAAAGGUGUAGAUAUAUUUCAAAUGGCAUACAUAAUAUUUCCAGUGCAUGCAGACGCACAUUGGAGCCUGGUCAUCAUUUCUAUGCCUGCAAAGGAAGACCAAUCAGGUCCCACCAUACUUCAUUUGGAUUCACUGAAAUUUCAUAGCAGCAGAUCUAUUUUAAGCACUGCUGAGAGAUUCCUUAAAGAAGAAUGGAACUACCUGAAUAAAACUGGUUCUUUAGAGGAUGAGGAUUGUCAUCUACAUGAAUCAGUGUGGAAGAACCUUCCUCGGAAAAUUAGGAGGAAAGCAGUCACAGUUCCACAGCAGGGCAAUGAAUACGAUUGUGGUGUCUUUGUUCUGUACUAUAUGCGACGCUUUAUCGAGGAAGCACCCGAAAGGCUUAACAGCAAGGACUUAUCUAAUAUGUUUGGCGAAGGGUGGUUCCAACCUGAAGAGGCUUCUGCACUACGAAAGGAAAUGCGAGCGCUGCUUCUUCAGUUGUUUGAGGAAGCUAAACAAAACAAGGACAUGAGAGACCCAACAACGCCGGUGCCAGAGCACCCUGUGGAAGUGCUGUCAGCUGACUCAGCAGCGCCAGAGCGCCCCCUGAACACUGUUAACGUCGCCACUUCAUAAGUGGCACUUGGUAGGCUGCUGCCAUGGGAGCUGACUGAGAGGUGGGCUGUGGUUCUGGAAGGUGGUGUGUGUGCAUCCAAGAAAACGUAGCAUUCAAUUCCCAUCUUGGGUUAUUGCCACAUGAGAGGAAACUUGUGGGGUGUAUUGGUAUGGCAGGCCUGCGAUAACGCAGAACUGCCAUGUAUAGUUCAGGAUAAUUUUAGUGUUUUUUUUGGGGGGUUAGUUCUUAGGCUCGACUGCAAGAGAAUGGCCGAAUUUCAGCAUUAGGUCAAACUGCUCCUACAAGCUCUGAGCUGCCAAGUGGACAGCUUCAGGAUAUGCUUGUAAACCCUGGGAGAAGAAUUGUUAGGGUAAGCUCCCACAUGCCCAACCCAAACUCUGCUUGUAAAAAAUUCUGGACCUUUGAUGGGUAGAGCUAUCUGUGGAGGCACAACUUUGAGUUGGAUACAGUCAGCUUAAGCUGAACAUAUCUGUUAAACCAUCAUAUUAGCUUAUGUGUAAACUAUUACAUAGGUGUUCUGCUAAAAGGAAAUAGUGAAAAAUAAGCCAGAAUGAAAAGAAAAACCUCAACUUUAAAACUAAGUUGGAAAAUUCAAAAUUUUGCUUAUGCCCACAUAGUUUUGAUCA